CAUGCAUGUUUGUGUUUUCAUGCGAGUUUUACCGUUCAUUACUAGACCCGAAACAAUUCACGCCACAUUGAUCCUCCCUAAUUGUGCCGGUUUCACUCGUGAAUUGUUCCUGAACCUCCGAAAACCGAAACAUUGGCUUCCGCUCGUAAAAACGAAAUGUCACCUUGAAUUUCAAUCGCUGGAGGUGCGGAAUUCAGACCAUCCUUGCGUAGUAGUCGGGAUUUUUCGAUUAUUUCGAGACGGUGUGUCGUCAUGUCAUGUAAUUAAUUGACGAUUACCGGUAGAUAAUCAUUUUGGAGUGGAAUUUCCGGCAGUGGUACUGAGGUUAGGGCUCUGGAGGAUCUGUAAAUAUCUACGAUCAUCUACGGGGUCAGGAUGCUGAGUGUCUCGAGAUUAUGCACCAGGGGAAUUCCAAGAGCCCCAUUUACAAAUCUAUCGCUCUCCACUCAAAGAGCACUUCACAGUCCCCUUCAAAAACGACCGAGUGAUUUCCUGAGGAUUCUCCGGGAGACCUCAGCCAAAUGGAGAACAACUCCGGGUCUGUCGACCCAGUCUGGAGCAGUUUCCUUCAGAUAUGCAUCGGCUGUUAACAAAAAAACAAAUAGGCUCGUUGGCACGUGGCUUUUUACAUGCAGUGGAAUGGUCUUCAUUGCUGUAGCACUAGGUGGGAUAACGAGGCUGACUGAGUCGGGGUUGUCCAUGGUAACGUGGAAAUUAUUGGGUGAGAAAAUGCCAGUGUCCGAGGGUCAAUGGAUCGAGGAGUUUGAACGAUAUAAACAAUAUCCAGAAUAUAAACUAAUGAACCAGAACAUGACCCUGGAAGAGUUCAAAAAAAUCUGGUGGAUGGAGUACGUCCAUCGGAUGUGGGGUAGACUGAUAGGUGCAGCAUUCGCCCUCCCAGCUGCCUACUUCUGGUACAGAGGCUACCUAAAACCCGGAAUGAAGGCCAGAAUCUUGGUCCUGGGGUCACUGAUCGGUGCCCAGGGCCUCAUGGGCUGGUACAUGGUGAAAUCAGGCCUUGAGGACAGGUUUGAGGGCCCCUCGGACGUCCCCAGAGUCUCGCAGUACCGAUUGGCGGCCCAUCUGGGUCUGGCAUUUCUCCUGUACGCUGGCUUCUUGCACAGCGGACUCGACCAUUUGCUGCCUGCCAAAGUCAUGCCCCUUGAUUGGUUCGGGAAGAAAAUUUUGACUGAUAAACAUACCAAGGCACUGGUCAAGUUCAAGAGAAUGGCCCAUGGGACUAAGGCGCUUGUAUUUUUGACUGCUAUCUCUGGGGCUUUUGUGGCUGGACUCGAUGCUGGCCUGAUUUAUAACGAGUUCCCGAGGAUGGGGAGGAGGUUUAUUCCGAAGGGUCUUCUCGAGAUGUCCCCUAUGUUGAGGAAUUUCACGGAGAAUCCGACUACUGUUCAAUGGGAUCAUAGAGUACUCGGUAUAACAACAUUGACACUGAUCACCAUAAUGGCAUUAAAAUCCCGGAAAAUAAAACUGCCAGGACGUGCAUCGACAGCAGCCCUGGUAGUCCUGGGUGCUGGAUAUCUCCAAGUAAUCCUAGGAAUCUCGACUCUCCUCCACCACGUACCUGUCUCCCUGGCAGCUUCUCACCAGUCAGGAAGCAUGCUACUCCUCAGCACAGUGAUAUGGCUAUGCCACGAGCUCAAACACGUGCGCAAACUCCCCAAAUAAGUUCAUCCAUGGAAAAUCGCUUGUACAUAAAAUGUAAAUCAAUUAGAGGAGUCGCAUUAAAUGGAAAGUAAAACCUGUUGACUUAUGAAUUACACGAACUAAUCACUUCACAACA